AUGAAGCCAAAAAAUUCGAAACCAAUACGUAAUCAAGUGAAAAAAAUGAAGAAUAAAUUCGAAGAGAAAAUUGUGGCAGAUUAUCAUCGUUCAAAAAAAGAUGGCAAGAGAUUAGAACAAACAACAAAAAAAGCAGAUAGUGGUGAUGAAGAAAUUUUCUAUGAAAUCUGUUCGGAUACAAACUAUUCAAAAUUAUUCAAUGAUUUUCAGGAAUUUAUUCGACAACACAUCAACAAUAGUUUUGGCAUUAAAAUAGAUGAUACCGGAUUAAAUUUUGAACAUUUCAUUCAAUUAUUGAAUCAAUGUGAUGGAAAUCUUGAAGAAAUGAUGAAAAAUUUUCGUCUAGAUUUUCGUCCACAAAUAUUGGUUGUUAAAAAUCAUAAUGUUUGCACAUUGAAUGAACAAAAUCUUACUACAGAUCAAAAUGAAAAUGAAACUUUACUGUUUGGUGAUAAUCAGCAGAUCGAAAUGGUGGAUGCAGAGUUGAAAAAAAUCGAUAACAAAAAUGCCGAUUCCACGUUGAUGCAACCAACUAAUUUGACCAAUGAAGAGACAUACAUUUAUCCCAAUGAAUUGAGUUUUAAAUUUUGAUUUUUAAAAAAAUUUUAUUUUUUAUUUUUAUUUUUGAUAAAAUCAUUGGGUUAUGUG